AUGAUGGAUUUGGAUGUGCUUCUGUGAAGAAAUGCCACGUGUCUCUACUGGUCCAAGAACGAACAUGUCCAGACUACCGCCACCUUAGGGGACUAGGGCUUGGUGACAGCGCUUCCCGGGGAAUCAGGCGUGGUCUGACCCAGGAACAGGAAGCACAUCGUCACCAAUGACAUCAUGACAGCAAGAGAGCACAGCCCUCGCCAUGGCACCAGGGCCCGUGCGAUGCAGCGGGCUUCCACCAUCGAUGUGGCAGCCGACAUGCUUGGCCUCUCUCUCGCAGGAAGCAUACAAGAUCCAGAUGAGCCCAUUUUAGAAUUCAGCUUAGCUUGCAGUGAACUGCAUACGCCAUCGCUAGAUCGAAAACCAAAUAGCUUUGUAGCAGUGAGUGUGACCACCCCACCCCAGGCGUUCUGGACGAAGCACGCGCAGACGGAGAUCAUUGAGGGAACCAACGAUCCUAUAUUUCUAAGCAGUAUUGCCUUCUUUCAAGACUCUCUCAUCAAUCAGAUGACACAGAUCAAGCUCUCCGUGUAUGAUGUCAAGGAUAGAUCUCAGGGAACAAUGUACUUGCUGGGCUCUGGAACAUUUGUCGUCAAAGAUCUGCUCCAGGACAGGCGUCAUAGGCUGUAUUUAACACUAAGGUCUGCGGAGAGCGACCGCGUGGGCAGCGUCGCCGUGAUGGGCUGGCGGAUGGAGGAGAAGUCGGACCCGCGGCCCCCCGUGACCCGGCCUCUGGACGCCGCCAGCGGGAGGAUGGUCCUGCCUGUUGACGAGAGCUUGACCGAGGCCUUGGGAAUCCGAUCCAAAUACGCUUCGUUGCGAAAAGACACUUUACUGAAAUCGGUGUUCGGCGGUGCCAUCUGCCGCAUGUACCGGUUCCCGACCACCGAAGGCAACCACCUGCGGAUCCUGGAGCAGAUGGCGGAGAGCAUGCUGUCCCUGCACGUGCCCCGGCAGUUCGUGAAGCUCCUGCUGGAGGAGGACGCGGCCAGAGUAUGUGAACUGGAGGAGCUGGGGGAACUGUCCCCUUGCUGGGAGAGCCUCCGGCGCCAGAUCGUCACUCAGUACCAGACCAUCAUCCUCACGUACCAGGAGAACCUGACCGACCUCCAUCAGUACAAAGGUCCCUCGUUCAAAGCAAGCAGUUUGAAAGCAGAUAAAAAGUUAGAAUUCGUUCCCACAAACUUACACAUACAGAGGAUGAGAGUUCAGGACGAUGGAGGAUCAGAUCAGAACUACGACAUUGUCACCAUCGGAGCGCCAGCAGCACACUGCCAAGGCUUUAAGUCAGGAGGUCUCCGCAAAAAGCUGCACAAAUUUGAAGAGACCAAGAAACAUUUUGAGGAGUGUUGUACGUCGUCCAGCUGCCAGUCCAUCAUCUACAUACCACAGGACAUUGUCAGAGCCAAGGAGAUCAUUGCCCAGAUCAACACCCUGAAAACCCAAGUGAGUUACUACGCAGAGAGGCUCUCGAGGGCGGCCAAGGACAGGUCCGCCACUGGCCUCGAAAGAACACUCGCCAUCUUAGCAGACAAGACCCGGCAGCUGGUCACCGUGUGCGACUGCAAGCUGCUGGCCACCUCCAUCCACGGGCUGAACGCGGCCCGGCCCGACUACAUCGCCUCCAAGGCCUCGCCCACCUCCACUGAGGAGGAGCAGGUGAUGCUAAGGAACGACCAGGACACCCUCAUGGCCAGGUGGUCGGGCAGGAACAGCCGGUCUUCUCUGCAGGUGGACUGGCACGAGGAGGAGUGGGAGAAGGUGUGGCUGAACGUGGACAAGAGCCUGGAGUGCAUCAUCCAGCGGGCAGACAAGCUGCUGCAGCGGGAGCGCCUGCAGGGCGAGGGCUGCGACCAUAGCCUCCCUGGCACCGGCAGCUGCGCAGGAAGGAAAGGUAACCGGGGCAGCCAGGCCUACUGGAUCCGACCGGAGGACCCCCUCUGCGAUGUCCCCCCCUCGCCACGCCCCCCCGCCGCAUGCCGCCCUCACCUGACCACACAUUGCAGUCCCCCUCCUGAAGAGUCCAGCCCAGGUGAGUGGAGCGAGGCCCUGUACCCCCUGCUGACCACCCUCACGGACUGCGUGGCCAUGAUGAGCGACAAGGCCAAGAAGGCGAUGGUCUUCCUGCUCAUGCAGGACAGCGCGCCCACCAUCGCCACCUUCCUGAGCCUGCAGUACCGCCGCGACGUGGUCUUCUGCCAGACGCUGACCGCGCUCAUCUGUGGCUUCAUCAUCAAGCUGAGGAACUGCCUGCACGACGACGGCUUCUUGCGGCAGCUCUACACCAUCGGGCUGCUCGCCCAGUUUGAGAGCUUGCUAAGCACCUACGGGGAGGAGCUGGCCAUGCUGGAGGACAUGAGUCUUGGGAUCAUGGACUUGAGGAACGUGACCUUCAAAGUCACUCAGGCUACUUCUAAUGCAUCAACCGACAUGCUGCCCGUCAUCACAGGAAAUCGGGAUGGCUUUAACGUGCGGAUCCCCCUGCCGGGCCCCCUGUUUGACGCCCUGCCCCGGGAGAUCCAGAGCGGGAUGCUGCUGCGGGUGCAGCCCGUGCUCUUCAACGUGGGCAUCAACGAGCAGCAGACGCUGGCCGAAAGGUUUGGCGACACGUCUUUACAAGAAGUUAUCAACGUGGAGAGCUUGGUGCGGUUAAAUUCCUACUUCGAGCAGUUUAAGGAGGUUUUGCCAGAGGAUUGCCUACCUCGAUCUCGGAGCCAGACGUGCCUGCCGGAGCUGCUGCGGUUCCUGGGUCAGAACGUGCACGCCAGGAAGAACAAGAACGUUGACAUUCUCUGGCAAGCUGCUGAGAUCUGCCGCCGCCUCAAUGGGGUGCGGUUCACCAGCUGCAAGAGCGCCAAGGACCGCACGGCCAUGUCGGUGACACUGGAGCAGUGCCUGAUCCUGCAGCACGAGCACGGCAUGGCCCCGCAGGUCUUUACGCAGGCCCUGGAGUGCAUGCGCAGCAUUGGAACACGGGAGGUAGUCACCCAGAAGAACUUGAGCGGCCUGGUGCCCAUCCGAGACUUAAGACUAGACCCCAGCCUCCUCUGUUCCAUCCCUUUACUAGCUCUGAGCCCCAAUUUACUGAUUGCGUGGCUCUUCCUGAGCAUAGCAUACCUGGUGGCCAAAUUGCGUUGCAAAUGA